AUGAUGCGCCGACAGCUGUUGCGGUCGACUCGUCGGCUUGCUCAGGCCAAUGCUGUGAAGCCGCAGCAGACCAAUGCCUUCUCCACCAGCAGAAGACGGCAGGCCGAGGUGGAGCUUACAGUCGAUGGCAAGAAGGUGUCGAUAGAGGCCGGCUCAGCACUCAUCCAAGCAUGCGAGAAAGCAGGCGUCACGAUCCCCCGAUACUGCUACCACGAGAAACUCAUGAUCGCCGGCAACUGCAGAAUGUGUCUGGUCGAGGUCGAGAAGGCGCCUAAGCCUGUGGCGUCGUGCGCGUGGCCGGUGCAGCCAGGAAUGAACGUCAAGACGGAUAGCCCGCUCACGCACAAGGCAAGAGAAGGUGUGAUGGAGUUCCUCCUGGCAAACCAUCCCUUGGACUGCCCAAUCUGCGACCAGGGUGGCGAGUGUGAUCUUCAAGACCAGAGCAUGCGAUAUGGUGGCGACAGAGGACGGUUCCACGAGAUCACGGGCAAGCGCGCGGUUGAAGACAAGAACAUUGGGCCUUUGGUGAAGACCUCGAUGAACCGCUGCAUUCACUGCACACGAUGUAUUCGUUUCGCUAAUGAUGUUGCUGGCGCGCCUGAGCUCGGAAGCACAGGUCGCGGCAACGCUCUGGAAAUCGGCACAUACCUCGAAACCGCUCUCGACACCGAACUCUCUGGCAAUGUCAUCGAUCUCUGCCCCGUUGGUGCACUCACAUCGAAGCCGUACGCCUUCCGCGCCAGGCCGUGGGAACUCUACCACACCGAAACCAUCGAUGUCAUGAAUGGUUUGGGCAGCAACAUCAGGGCGGACGCAAGAGGACUGCAGGUGAUGAGGAUACUGCCACGGCUGAACGAUGAUAUCAACGAAGAGUGGAUCGACGACAAGAGCCGCUUCGCAUGCGAUGGUCUGAGCACACAACGACUUACCACGCCCCUCAUCCGGCGAAACGACGAGUUCCAGCCCGCAACUUGGGAGCAGGUGCUGGUUGAGAUCAGCGAGAAGUACAAGGAGCUGCAACCGAAGGGUGAUGAAUUCAAGUUCAUCGCUGGUCAGCUCGUCGAGACCGAAGUUCUAGUGGCCGCGAAGGACCUUGCGAACAGACUUGGCUCGGAGAAUCUUGCACUCGACUUCCCGCAAGGCUCAGCGCCACUUGCGCACGGUCUUGACGUGCGGUCAAACUACAACUUCAAUUCGAAGAUUACCGGUGUUGAAGAGGCAGACUUGAUUCUGCUCGUCGGUACCAACCCACGCCACGAAGCCGCGGUGCUCAAUGCACGGAUACGGAAACAGUGGCUGCGAUCAGACCUCGAGGUCGGGCUUGUUGGUGAGGACUUCGAGUCGACAUUCGAGUACGAGAAGCUUGGCACCAACGCCAACGACCUCAAGAGCGCGCUCAGCGGCGACUUUGGCAAGAGGCUCGCUGCUGCCGAGCGGCCGAUGAUCAUCGUUGGGUCCGGCGCUGUAGAGCACCAAGACGCCAAAUCCAUAUACGAGACUGUCGGCAGCUUCGUUGAGAAGAACAAGGCCAACUUCCAGACACCCGACUGGCAAGGCUACAACGUCCUCCAACGUGCUGCCUCUCGCAACGGAGCUUACGAGGUCGGAUUCGCAGUACCGGGCCCGGAGACUGCCAAGACUACGCCAAAGGUCGUCUGGCUGCUCGGAGCAGACGAGAUCGAUGCUGCAGAGAUCCCCAAGGACGCUUUCGUGAUCUAUCAGGGUCAUCAUGGUGACAAGGGUGCGGGUCUUGCUGACGUCGUUCUUCCGGCAGCGGCAUACACCGAGAAGAGUGGCACCUGGAUCAACACCGAAGGUCGUGUGCAGAUGUCUCGGCCAGCUACCUCUGUCUACGGCGCCGCUCGUGAUGACUGGAAGAUCAUUCGUGCGGCAUCAGAAGCUCUUGGUGUGCCACUGCCCUACGAUGACCUGGAAGCCCUCCGCGACCGCAUGGAAGAGGUCAGCCCGGCUCUGCGACGAUACGACCUGAUCGAACCCGCUGGUCUGCCUGCACUGAGCAAGGUGCAGCUCAUUGACCAGAACAAGGGCGCUAAGGCGACGGGCGAGCCUUUCAGGAAGGUGAUUGAGAACUUCUUCUUUACAGACGCGAUUUCACGGUCGAGUCCUACCAUGGCGAGGGCCAGCGCAGCCAAGGCGGCGAAGAACCCUCAGACCAAUUUCCUUGCGCCUGGCAUGCCAAACCCACAGGUCAACUAUGGCCCGGGUGAGAUGCAAGCGGCCAGUGCAUAG